CAAAAGAAUCUCAUGGUCUGUCCCGAAACCCACCAGGGUCAGGAAAUGGAGGAAUAAAGUCGUAUCGUAGGGUGGAGAAACAGACAUACAGGGCGGUCGUACCACUCCAAACAGUCAGAUCGAGACUGAGAUUUUUGUGCGACAAGACUUGCUACAAAGAUGAGUGACGAAAAUCGACCGCAGGUUGAACUUUUCGUAAAGGCGGGCAGUGACGGCCAGAGCAUCGGCAACUGUCCUUUCUCCCAGCGGCUGUUCAUGGUGCUGUGGCUGAAAGGAGUCACCUUUAAUGUCACCACAGUGGACAUGAAGAGGAAGCCAGACAUCCUGAAGGACCUGGCCCCUGGGGCCCAGCCUCCUUUCCUGCUGUACGGGACGGAGGUGAAGACCGACACCAACAAGAUAGAGGAGUUCCUGGAGGAGAACCUGGCCCCUCCCAAGUAUCCUCGUCUGGCGGCCCAGAACCCAGAGUCCAAUACGGCCGGGCUGGAUGUGUUCUCUAAGUUCUCAGCCUACAUCAAGAACUCAAACCCCCAGCUCAACGACAAUCUAGAGAAAGGCCUGCUGAAGGCUCUGAAGAAGCUGGAUGACUACCUCGGCUCUCCACUUCCUGACGAGAUCGACGAGAAUAGCGCAGAUGAUGUCACUUCCUCUUCCCGCCCCUUCCUGGACGGCCAGGCGCUGACGCUGGCUGACUGCAACCUGCUGCCCAAGCUGCACAUCGUCAAGGUGGUGUGUCUGAAGUACCGAAGCUACGCCAUCCCUCGCUCCCUGGCUAACCUGUGGCGGUACCUGGAUGCAGCCUACGCCCGUGAGGAGUUCUCCUCCACCUGCCCCAACGACGCCGAGAUCCACAUGGCCUACGCCUCCGUGGCCAAGGCUCUCAAGUAGAGCCGAGGAGGGGGGGGGGGUAGGGGAGGGAGGGGUGGGGUCAGCUAGUGAGACAUGAACAUUAGCAGAACACACACACAUACUGUAAAUACCCACCCACGAACACAAUCUAAAAACUACAGCCUUGACUGUGCCGCAGGUGUCAAUAGUUGGAAACAUUUCACCGGCUGUUUGUGGCUUUGUUGGCCCUGAGUCUAACUCUGGUUCUAGUUACAUAUCCAUGCUCCUGCUUCCCUCAGUAACCUACUAGAUGAAGCUGUUAGUAGGACCAUAGAUCUUAUGGCUGUUUGUAUUUUAUUCUUUAGCUAAUCCCUCACUGCUUAUAAUGCCAAGUUGUGCUUAAUAGCCCCUCGGUCUAAGUAAAUCUAGUGGAAAGAUAUCUGUCAGACGAGGUGACCCAGAGCACACCAGCUUAACUAGUUCGAGAUGUGUCUGCAUUUGCAACAUUACACAACAGAGAUGCUUUUUACGAAACAAGACUGUUGACAUUGUGGCUCUGAAGGGCGGCAAUAAAAAGACAAUAGUUUUAGUGAGAGUGUCAAGACUUCAAAGCAUGUUUAGGGUUGUUGUUUGUCCUUCGUGACUGAAAGCUUGAGAGAGAGACGAGGGGAAAGCUCAUCUUUAGCGUUGGUUGGGGCGGAGGAAUCGCUCUCAACAUGCCCAAGACAGGAAAUGGUUUCAACAGACCUCAGCUUCCUAUUUUCUGUCCUUGUAGCGCAAGAAAAGGAAUAUUUUUUGACCAUCUGUUGUGAGAUUGCCAUGCCAAGUUAAAUGACCUGCUUACCCAGUUCAAAGUGAAGGAUCAUGUUUUUUAGUGAGAGAAACUAUAUUGCAGUGUUACUCCGGGAGAAAUUAUGGUUAUUGUUGCUUAUUUGUGUGAUCUGGAGUUUAUUAAGAAGAGUUUGACUUAAGUCAUAUGUUUGAUUCGCCUUCAAGGGAAAUAACCAUGCAGAGUCAUGCAGACAAACUGUUAUUUUUAUACAGUCCUGACCAAAUUAUUUAUGAAGAUGUAUAAUUUAAUUAUUAUUAAAAUGAAUUUAAAAGCAGAUUCAGCUUAAGGACUGAAGUGGUUGAUUCAGUAAUCGGUCGCAUGCUGCCAGAUUAGUUGCGCUGAUACAGAAUGAAAGGAUGACGUGCUAGCCGUAAAAUAGCUAGCACGUGAAGGGUUGUGGGUCGGUUUUAUUCAUGUGAUGAGGGUUACAACAACAAACAAACGUCCUCUCCACAAAUCAUGCGUUGCACACAGUUAGAAGAAGUCAUUGGGGAAAUAACUGGAACUGUUAGUUGUCUUUAGACUGUAAGUGUUGGUCGUUCGUUUGUUAAUUCAUUUGAAUCACAGUAAGGGAUUUUGUAAAGAAGAAAAAAAAAGUUUCACCUAAGUGCAAUUCACAUAAUUGAAGAUUACAAACUUCACAUCAGUUUCAGUUUUGUCUGUUUUUAUAGUUUUACAAAACAAUAUGGGACAUAAGAACACCCUGUUGACCCAUAACAUGUUGUCCAAUCCAGCCACUGGCAUGACUGUUACAUCUGUUGCUGCAGUUAGUAAUAAAUAUCUGUACAACAAGGCCAACUUUAACUGGGCAAUUACCUCUAGCUCUGCUGUUAACAGCUAUGUGUUGAAAGGGACCAAGUCUGUAGAAUUUCAAAGCUGUUGUUUUAUUUUAGUUAUCUUUGUACCGGUUAUAUCGACUUUAUUAUACUGUAAGACUAGAUAUGACGUCACUUCAGGGACUUUUAUACGGCUCUUAACUUCUUCUUGGUUAGCGCACACUCCCUGACACUUCAUUUUCCUUUUGUUUUUCUUCCUUUGUUUAAUUCUCUCUCUCGGUUUCAUUAUUUGUUCACCUCUCUUAACCUGUAUUUUGCUGCUUCCCUAGUAUGUAACGUAUUCCCUUACUCUGGUUAUAGGCCCUUGUGUGACCUUCUGUUGCAGGGUCAACUUUUUUAGGUGAAUAAUAACUACAAUCAAAUCUUAUUUUUUAUCUUGUUUUUAACCAUCUCUUAAAGACGUUUCCCAAACUUUUAAUAAAGAUGUUACAUU